AUGAGGAUGAUGAAAGAUGAUUCCAAGUUGUCUUUGGUUGAAGAAGGUAGCAUAUCCAAUUUUAGAGAUUUGGGUGUUUAGAAUUCAGUCAAAGAUCUGAUUAUUCUGGAGCCUAGGAAGAAGAUGAGUAAGAUUUGGGUGUUGGCUGUUGGGGAAAACAACAAAUUGUAAUUGUGGGAAGUGAGAAGAGCUAUGAGUUAGAAUAUCAAAUUAUGGGAAAAAGAUCUGGAAGAUUUCUUAAAGCCGAUUAAUCACAGUAUAAUCAAAGGGAAAAUGAUUGCGGAAAGUCAGGAGUAUACAACAUUAAAAUACUUUGAUGUGGGACCGAAGGUUAACAUUUUAAGGGUUACAGAGAAUCCAUAAAAUGGGAGGUUUAACAUUUUAAUCGGAGUCAUAAAUCACGAAAGCAAAACAGAUGUAGAUAUCUUUGAUGUGGAACUCAUGAGUUAUUGA